ACCAAUGUUUAUUAUUUGUUGAGUUUCACAUUGCACAUGUAAUUAUUAUUUACAAAUUUUAUUUAACAUUGAAAAUGGGUAAAAACAGAAACGAUUCUAACAAAGUGACUCCUGGCAAAACAAAAAAGGUCCCAUUUAAAGCGAAAAUGCAAAGACAAAAAGAUUCAAAACCAAAACCUGCGCAGCAGAGACAAAACAAAGCAGCAGAACUAAGUAGACAAAAAAAGCAAACAGAAAAGGCUGAAAAGGAGCGCAGAAUUAUGGAAUUCAAAAAGAAACGUUUGGAAAAGUCCAAGGUCAUAAGUAAGAAAACAUCAAGAGGCCAGCCGCUCAUGAAAAACAGAAUAGAAUACCUUCUUAAACAAAUCCAAGAAAUGAAAAAGCAUUAAAGUAGAUUGUUUUACACUUAAAACAAAACACACACAAUUCACUUCAACUUUGCUAAGUUUAUAAAAAUAUAUACAUAUAUGUAAAAUCAAUAAAUAUUUAUAAAUCAAAGUAGGUGGUACGAAAA